AUGAGCGGACGACGGCGCGUCAAGAACGUGGCGUACGACGAAGACGACUGGGGAUAUGGCGACGACGACUCCUGGGAGGAUGAGGACGACUUCUACGAAACGCCGAAAAGCUCCUCUCGCGCCGCGGCGCCAACGAAGGGGAAGAGCGCCGGCCCGUCGAGCACCCGCGCGCCCUCGAAGGCGACAUCCGCCGGCUCCACAGGAGCUGCGAAGGCUGCGUCAGGUGCCUCGUCAGCAGGCCAGUCGUCAUCACGGACGGCGGGUCGCGCGCCAGUGACGACGGCUGCAGGCAGCGCGGCGGCUCGCCCCGCGAGCUCCUCAGGAGGGAAGUCGGCCUCGGGCGCCUCGGGCGGGACGCCGAAGGCAGAGUACACCUGCGCCUCUUUGGCGGCGUGCGCUCCAUCAGCGCCUCCUCAGAGUUCAGCUGAAAGGGGGGCAGCUGCACCCGCGUCCCCAUCCUCCGUCUGCACGCGAGAAGACGGAAAGCCCGAGCCGCUUUCCCUGGUCAUCGUGGGCCACGUCGACGCCGGCAAGUCGACGCUCAUCGGGCAGAUGCUGCACUCCACAGGCACCGUCGAAGGAACGGUGGUGCAGAAACUGAAGAAGCUGAGCGGGGACGCCGGGAAGGGGUCCUUUUUCCUCGCGUGGCUCUGCGACGAAGGCGACGACGAGAGACAGCGGGGCGUGACCAUCGAUGUCAGCGUCCGCGUCCUCUCCGCGCCAAACUCCGGCCGCCGCCUCGCCCUCGUGGAUGCGCCAGGGCAUCGCGAGUUCGUGUGCAACAUGCUUGGAGGCGCCGCGUUGGCGGAUGUCGCGUUGCUGGUCGUGGACACCCCGCGCUUCGAGGUGGGGUUCAACGGCCAGACGAAGGAGCACCUCCUCAUCGUCAGAUGCCUGGGAAUUCAGCACUUUGUGGUUGCCAUGAACAAGAUGGACGAAGUGCAGUGGUCUGAAGCGACGUACAACGCGGCAGUCGAGCGCCUGCGAGGGUACAUGACAGGCCCAGAGAUGAACUGCGCGCUCGACCAGAUCUGCUUCGUGCCGAUCUCCGCGUUCCGCGGCGUCAACGUUAUCGACGAAGCGACGCUGCAGGAGGUCGAGAAAGUGCGCGCAGAGGCGAAGGGAAGGCGCAAGCCCGACCUGCGAGGACUCGGAGACACCGAGGAAAGACAGAAGCAGUCCAAGUUGCUCGCCAAAUGGUGGAACGGGCCUGCGCUGCUAGAGGCGAUAGAGCGCGUCGAGGUCCGCACGAGCGAAGGCCAGCAGCAGCUUCUGCGCGAGCCCCUGGCGGCGUGCGUGUCGGAUGCGUGGUCUCCGUCCUCGUCGUCGACAGAUUUCCACCUCUCCUUAAAAAUAGUCCAAGGCAUUCUGCGCGUGGGCGACACCAUCACCGGGCUUCCUGGCAACAUUCCAAUGGUCUGCAAGUCUCUCGUGGCCUUUGGAGGGACGCGCCAGAGCUGCGGGGUCGGCGAUUUCGUUGAGCACGGAGUUUUCUCUCCCGCGGCGAACCAUAGCGAACGCGACGCGCUGGCGGAGCUCGGCGUGGGAAGCGUUUUGUGUGCGCCGUCGCGGCUGCUGCCCGCGUCAACAAUUUUCAGCUGCCGGCUGAUGGUCUUCAGGACGGAGCUGCCCCUUGUGCAGGGGCGACAGUUCAUCGCCCACAUUCACACAGCCACGUAUGCCUGCAGCAUCCGCAAAAUCCUCGGAGUCGUCAACAAAAAGACGGGCGAGCUGCAGGGCGCGAAGGGAGGGAAGAGAGCCGCGUGCGCAGCGCUCGGCCGCGGCAUGGUGGGGCUUGUCGAGAUUUCCACAGUGAGCAGCGUGUGUGUCCAGCCAAAAUCUAAAACAGAGAAGCCAGGCGGGAAGGACCUUGGAACUGGUGUGCUCUCUCGAAUCAUCCUGCGGGAGGGCGGGAAAACCGUGGCGGCUGGGGUCAUCGUGGACGCUGCGUAG